CGGAAUUGUCCAUACUCAGGUUUAAUUUACUACAAGUUUUAUGGGCGUUCUGAUUUAUGCGCUCAUAGAAAUUAAAGGGGCAGCCGAUUCAACAACUCCCCAUUUCUCUGUCUCUGUGUGCUGCAAUGGCGGAUUCGAACGGUGCGGCGGAGGAGAUUGRCGCAGAAGAACCGCUGCUGGGCGGCGGCCCCAAAAAGGGCGGCAUCAGAACUUUGCCGUUCAUAAUCGGGAAUGAGUCGAUUGAGAGCUGUGUGAGUAGUGGGCUAUCUUCAAAUUUCACUCCCUACUUAAUGGGAGAGUAUGGGAUGAGUGCGCUUCAAACCUCCAACUUUUUGUAUUUCCGGUCGACUCUCGGUGGCCUCACUCCGGUGCUCGGAGCCUUUCUCGCCGAUUCCUACGCCGGUCGCUUCCGCACGAUCGCCUUCGGAGCCGCCUUCACCUCUCUGGGGAUGACGCUGUUAUGGAUAACCUCGGCAAUCCCACAAGCAAGGCCUUAUUGUGACAAAUCUUUGUCCCGUUGUGAUUCUCCAACAGCAUUUCAGCUCUUUGUUUUGUAUUCCUGUUUUGUGUUGAUGUGCAUCGGAGGAGGCGGCAUUAAAGCAUCGUCUCUGGCCUUUGGGGGAGACCAAUUGGCCACCAACAAGAACAAACACAUUUUGGAGAGCUUCAUCGGAUGUUACUAUGUUUUUACUCUGGUCGGAUCCCUGUUUGGAAUGACAGUUAUUGUUUACAUUCAAGAUAACAUCAGCUGGAGCUUGGGAUUUGGAAUUCCUGCUGCUUUGAUGCUCUUCUUCCUCGUUUCUUUCCUCCUCGUUUCUCCCCUCUUCGUCAAGAUCGAGCCCUCUUCUAGCUUGUUUACCUCUCUCUUCCAAGUCGUCGUUGCUKCUUAUAGGAACAGACAUGUCCGAUUACCAUCUGAUACCUCGCAUGCGCUUUACCACCACGGGGAUGCGUCCGCUCGACAAAAGCCGUCUGACAAAUUGAGGUUUCUGAACAAAGCGUGCAUCAUUACAGAAGGCGAGGAUGAAGAGAGGAGUGGAGAUCCAUGGAGGGUAUGCAGGGUUGAGCAAGUAGAAGAUCUGAAAUCAAUAAUCAAAGUAAUCCCAAUUUGGUCGACUGGAAUCCUGUUCUCCGUCUCCUUCAACCAGAACACUCUCCCAUAUUUACAGGUCUCCACCAUGGAUCGUCACAUCACUCCAAAUAUUGAGAUCCCGGCCGGCUCCUUCAUCAUGUUCCUCUUCAUCUCCCUCGGACUUUGGAUCCUCCUCUACGAUCGACUCCUCGUCCCUCUCGCCUCGAAAAUCCUAGGCAAACCGACUCGCCUCAGGCCUCUCCAGAAAAUCGGAUUCGGAAUAUUCAUGAGCUGCAUUUCCGUCGCAUCCAUAGCCGUCGUCGAGAUCAAGCGUCGGGCCAUGGCCAUACAACAGGGAUUCUCCAACGAAUCACAUGCGGUGGUGAAAAUGUCGGCGUUUUGGCUGCUGCCGCACUACGUAUUUGCUGCAAUAGCGGACGCUUCCUGUGUGAUUGGGCAGAACGAGUUUUUUUACUCGCAGCUGCCGAAAUCGAUGUCGAGCGUGUCAACCUCUCUGUCGGGGCUGAGUAUGUCGGCCGGAAGUUUGGUGGCGGGGUUUAUAAUGACGGUGGUGGAUGACGUGACGAAGGCCGGAGGAGGAGAAAGUUGGGUUUCGAGUAACAUUAAUAAGGCUCAUUAUGAGUACUACUUUCUGCUUAUUUGUGGGAUUUGCUUCAUUGAUCUUCUUUACUUCGUUGCCUGUUGUAGGAGUUACGACGGAGGAGAUGAAGAAGAUGAAACUUGUAAACUCCAGGAUUAGAUCAUGUUUACUUUUAAUCUGGAUUUAAAUUUGUAUCGUUUAUUUUGUC